GUCUUCCGCUGGCUGGCCCUCUUCCACCUCUAGACUACACACGAACGUCCGCAGAGCGACUUCUCACGGCAAUGGAGCGACGCCGUUCCAGAGAUGCCAACUUCAACCAGCUCUAUUGCGACUUCAUGGAAGAGUACACGGACCUGAAACACAUAACUUUGGUCAAAAUACCGCUUAUCAAAAACAAUUCCGUGUGCUACUUACCGCAUCACGGUGUACUCCGGACUUCCAACACGACCACCAAGUUGAGAGUCGUCUUCAAUGGAUUACAAAAUGUACGCCUGCCGGAGACUCGCUCAACACCUUACUGGUCGAAGCCAACCUUCUGCCAACUCUCGCCGACGUCCUUCUUCGUUGGCGUUGGCACCGCUUUGUCUUCAUCGCUGACAUCGAGAAGAUGUACAGGCAGAUUCUCGUACAUCCCGACGAUCGAGAUCUGCAGCGGAUCCUUUGGAGACGACAAAGCACUGAUGAUGUCCAGGAGUAUCGGCUCAACACGGUGACAUAUGGAUUGGCCUGUGCACCUUUCUUGGCGAUCAGGACUCUCCGCCAAUUAGACGAUGAAGAGCCGACAAACCCCAAGGGAGCAGUCGCUUUGCGGCGCGAUUGCUACGUCGACGACAUCGUCACAGGCGCCAGCACCCUGUCCGAAGCAGUCGAGAUUCAAAGGCAGUUACGCCGGCUCUGCACGGCGGGCGGGUUCCCCUUGAGGAAGUGGGCUUCAAACCACCAGAGCAUCCUCGAGGAGAUAUCGAGGGAGCAUAAACUCCAGCAGCCACACCACGACUGAGAGGACGAAGCUCAUCCAACGCUUGGUCUACGGUGGCACCCCCGCAGCGACUCCUUCACGUUCCACCUCCAGCCUCGCACGACUGCCCCGCUAACGAAGAGACAGACAUUGUCGGAGACGGCUCGAAUCUUCGACCCCUUAGGCUGGUUAACUCCAGUCAUCGCUCGUGCCAAGAUCCUCAUCUAGUCAGCAUGGAUGAAGCACUUGGAUUUGGACUCCCCGCUGCCUCAAUUGGAUAAGGCGUUGUGGAGACGUUUGCUCGAAGGUCUUCCGCUGUUGGAACAGCUCCGGUUGGAACGAUGGCUGAGUGCCGAUAACCAAUCAAAUCACGUCGAGCUCCACGGAUUUGCUGACACGUCGGAGCGAGGUUACGCAGCCGUUGUUUACCUCCGCGUGAUGAGCUCCUCCUCGACCACGACUAGCCUGCUUGCUGCAAAAAGCAAAGUUGCGCCCAUUAAGCCUGUGUCACUACCGCGCUUAGAAUUGUGCGCUGCAGUCCUGGUCACUAACCUGACUUUUCAUCUCCGCAAGACCUUAGACUUGGUUUCAGCUCCAGUCACUCUAUGGUCGGACUCCCGGGUCACGCUUCAAGGAUCCAAGGACACGCCUCGAAGUGGAAAACCUUCGUGGCCAACAGGGUGUCCCACAUCCAGACGAAACUUCCGGAGGCACGAUGGCGACACAUCCCAGGACGAGACAACCCCGCUAACUGCGCCUCUCGGGGGAUUGAGCCCCGGGACCUGCUCAACCAUUCCCUCUGGUGGACGGGACCUCCAUGGCUCACCAAAGAUCUAUCGUUCUGGCCACAGCACGACCACGCCACACACGACGUCGAGGUGCCGGAGACGAGAGCAAUCGCCUCCCACUUGACGACCACGGAGAAAACCGAACCAGAGAUGCUCCUCAGGUUCUCCGAUCUCCAUCGCCUCCUGAGGAUCACCGCCUGGUGUUGCCGAUGGCGAAGCAACCCACCGAGUUCGAAGGUUCACCUCAACCUCACGCCCGACGAGUUAGAAGCAGCCUUGCUCCUCUGGCUCCGCGUGGUGCAAGCUCAUCACUUUUCCAAGGAGAUCACUGCCUUGAAACAGAACCACACGUUGGUUAAGAGUCAACUAACGAAAUUAACCCCCUUCCUCGACGAUCAUGGAAUCAUUCGAGUCGGGGGUCGGCUGAAGCACGCUGUGCUCUCAGAAUACGAACGCCAUCCGAUCAUCUUACCUCCAGAGUCAUGGAUGACGCAACUCCUCGUCAGGCCACAGACGAACGCUUCACGGCGGGGUUCAGCUCACUCUAGGACUGCUUCGCUUGCGGUACUGGAUUCCCCGAGGCCGCUCCAUCGUCCAAGAGAACCAUCCACCGGUGUGUCACAUAUGCGAGAUGGAAGGCCGCAGUACCACAGCCCAUGAUGAGCAGCCUUCCGACGGCACGAGUCGCACCGGCACGUCCAUUCCUGCGAACCGGUGUUGAUUAUGCCGGGCCGAUUCUCAUCCGAACCGGAAAGGGAAGAGGUCACAAAUCACACAAGGGAUUCAUCAUCGUCUUCAUCUGCUUCGCCACCAAGGCCGUUCACCUGGAAGCCGCGUCGGACUACUCCACAGAUGCAUUCCUCGCUGCGUUCCGGCGCUUCACUUCCCGUCGGAGCCUAUGCGAGGAAGUCUACUCCGACUGCGGCAUCAAUUUUGUCGGAGCGGACCGAGAACUGCGACUCCUGUUCCAGGCAUCGUCAUCCGACGGCCGACGCAUCGCUCAUCUGGCAGCGUCCGACGGGAUCUGGUGGAAAUUCAACCCAUCGGCAGCACCUCACUUCGGUGGGCUUUGGGAGGCAGCGGUGAAGUCCAUUAAACAUCACCUGCGAAGAGUCCUCGGAGACACGACCUUCACCUUCGAGGAGAUGUCUACGUUCCUCGCUCAAGUGGAGGCGUGCCUCAACUCACGUCCUCUUCAGGCACUAUCCGAUGACCACGACGACAUAACGGCACUCACACCGGGACACUUCCUGAUCGGGGCUCCUCUGCUGGCUGUGCCGGAGCCCUCACUGACGGACAGCAACAUCAGUCUCUUGCCCCGCUGGAAACUCCUCCAACGGAUGCGCGACCACUUUUGGGAAAGGUGGUCGCGAGAAUAUAUCAACUCCUUGGCCUCCCGACCAAAAUGGCUGAAGGACUCCGCCAAGUCCUACCGUCGGCGCUCUAUGUCUGGUGCGGUCGGACAUAACACCGCCGACCCGAUGGCCACUCGCCCGGAUCAUCAGGCUGCAUCCUGGGGACGACGGCGUGACACGUGUGGUCACCAUACGCACCGCAUCUUCGGAGCUCAUCCGGCCACUGACGAAGAUCAUCCUCCUGCCAGGAGCCGACACCGCAGCAUCAACGCGCCCGGACUCGUGAGCGAAAGAAACAUCGAAUUUUUUUUAUACACAUAUAUAUAUAUCCAACUUGUCCGAUAAUCGUACCGCGUACUAUCACAUUUUAAGCGUCGUCUACAAUAAGUGGAGUAAGCUUGGCGUAAGAAGUAAGAGUAGGAGUAACGUUUUCGGCGUAAGCUGUUUACGCUGACUCAAUCUACAAUACGGUGGAGUAAUGCUAUAGUUUGUGACGUUGCCAUCCCGACAAUCAAACGUGAAAAGAGCGCGGGAUCGAGCGUCAUUAACCUAAAAAGAAAAGAAGUAAAAAAGGAUGAAAAAAAUAUCUUUAUUUGUUAAACGUGGCACAUGAUAUUAAUUAAAAUAAAAUGGAACUCGACAAAUUGAUUGUUACAAGUGCUUCGGUUAUCAUGUUGCAUUAUUUGAUACAACUGUGGAAAAAAUCGAGACGAAGACGCAGUCAUGGAAGAAGAAGAUGGUGGGUUCGCCCUAUAAAUCGAUGGAAAGAUCAAUUUGGUUAUCGAACAAAUUUUGUGCAUGAAAUCGAAACGCAAGACCACGAGGAAUUUUAUUAUAAUUUUCGAAUGUGGCCGGAACAGUUUAAUUGGUUGCUUGACCGAGUGCAAGAUAAAUUACAAAAACGAAGUAGAAGAACUCCACUAGACCCCAAAUUACGUCUGCAGGUGACUCUUUUAUGUAGAGCCCUACUAGCUGCUGUAUUUCCAUUUAACAUGGAAUUUUUUCUACAGAUAUCUUGCACAAGGGGAUUCUAUUUUAAGCAAACAUACAGAAUUUCGAAUAGGAAAAUCAACAGCAUACGCUAUUAUACCUGAGAC